UUGGCAGAGGAAGCACAUUCUGCUCUAAGCAUUCGUUGCAAACAGACUCAAAGUUAUUUUUCUUUUAAAGAAAUUCAUAAUGAAGACCAUAACUGUGUCCAUUGAAGUGACAUUGAAGGCUGCUGCUGCUGAUGUGGAGAAUAACAAUCAAUCGACUGAAACUGAAGUCGAACCAAAGAAAGUAUCCAUAGAUCAAUUACCCAAUUUGGCCUCAAAUUGGGCCACAUUUCUGAAAGAUAUAACCAAUGACCGAAAAUUGCGUACCGAACGUCUGAGUCGUCAAUCGGAAGAUGUGAUGGAGUUUAUGAAUCGUUUUCCUUUACGUGAAGUAUCCUAAGAUCGCUUAAGAUUAAAUUUAAUUAUAAUAUAGACU